AAUAAAAAAAUAUAUAUAAUCGUUAUUCUAUUAAGUUUACCUACAAAAUUCAGUGAUACCUUAAAUAGUUACACUUAUAUAGAUGUUUUAUCACCAAAAGUGAAGCUUAAUCUGUCAAAAAUAAUGAGAAAGAUUUUUUUUUUUAGGUGACCGCCGAAUAAAAGUUGUAGAUUGGAUUAAUAAGUAUAUAAUUAAGUUGGUCUGAGAUAAUAAUUGUAGUAAACUCAGAGUGGAUUUUAAUAGUCUAAACAUCUAAUGAUUGAUGAGUACGAUGGAACUGGGGGGGUUUCUAUAAUACCAUCAGCAAGGAAGAGUAUUCAUAAUCACGCAAAUUGCCCAUUUUUACAUAGCAAUAAUAUGGGUAGAUAUGGUUUGAAUAAGACUCAUAAAGGAGAUACACAUGCAACUGCACAAAAUACUCAAGGAUUUGAUGUGGUCGACAAUGUUAUGAGCAAACCAGUUAAGACAUCAAGUCCUUUACAAACUCAUGUCAAUCAUAAAAAUGCAUACAGAAGACAAUCCUUAGGCACUCCAAACAGUGACGACUCAGAUGAUAACUCUGAUGCAGAUGAUACACUUGCUAAGUCUGUACCGGCAAUUCUUCCGUCAUAUUGCAGAGGUGAUUUUAAUUAUUCAGCGCAUAGUGAUCGGGUGAACCAAACAUCACAUGUUUCGUCGUCAAAACAAAAUAGACAGAAGUCAUAUAGUUUUGAAAGAGAAAGAUCAAUCUACCAUGAUCGAAGUUUUGACUCGCAAAGUAAUCAGAAAUCAAACAACUUUCAAGACAAAUCUAAAAGCCAAGAAGCCACUCAAAAAGUUUCCAUAUUCUUACUGCCCUUAGUAGGAUUUUUGAUAUAUACAGUGUUAGCAUAUUGUAAAGAAGCAAAUAUGCUCAAUAUAUUUCAAGGAGGAAGCAGUAUUGUUUAUGAUGAAUUAAAAUUCCAUACUGAUAUAAAUAAUCUAAGAAGAAAAUACAAAGUGACUGAUGAUACCAUUUUACAAUUACAAACAGGUAUUUCAACAAUAUAUAGACGGCAAGAUACAGGAUCCUUCAUAUUUAUUUAUAACAGUAAUUCAAAAAACUUUGAUCCAGCCGAAUUAAACAGGUUUAUGCACGAUGUUUCGACAACUUCUGCACAUUAUUUAAGAAAUGACUCUACCUCAGUUCAACACAUUACAGUACAGGGUACAAAUCUUAACAUGAAUACUCACAAUGAACUAAUAAAGAAAUAUAGAGAUGAUGUAGACAAAUCUGGAGUAAUGCUUAUUACAGAAAUCGAUAAAGUCCCUUCUAGUCUUGCUAUGGCUUUUCAUUAUUACUGUGAUGAAUAUAAUCCUUUAGUGAAAAAGAGCGCCAUAUUCUUUACAUUGAAUUUAGCGCAAUGUUCUGAUAUACCAUCAGAUCAGACCUCUAUACAUGCUCUUAUAGAAAAGUGCUUGGAAAAUAAAUGGUACAGUGGCGUCCCAAAGGUUAAUAUGGCACCCCUACUUACAAGAGUUGUAAAUAUUGUAAUUGACGUCACCAGUAUUGAACCCAGGGAAACUUAAUAUUGUUGAUAACAAUUCUAUUUAUUAUUGUAAAGUAUAAUUAUUAAUAUCCAAGAGGUUUAACUUGUACUAAAAAGUCCAUAGUAUUUUUUGUUUUUUUUUUUUUUUUUUAUUAAUGUAUUUGCAUGCUAAUUAAAUAAAAAAAAACUUGUAAAGUUUGUAAUAAGUACUUUCAUAGUGCAAAAAUUAAAAAACAAGGCUCUUUUUCCAUGUCAGUUAUGCCAAAGGGGCUAAUUCCCAGUCUUCUAAGUUAUUUUGUAUUACAAUAGAUGUUAAGUCAUAAUAAAAAAGUUUUGAUAAAUAAAAUGGGUAGAAACCAACCACUUUGGGUUACAAUGUAAAAAAUGAAUGAAUACAUAUUGUGAUACUUCAUAAUAAUAAAGUUAAUUAAUGGUGUAAUAUUUAAUAAUUAAAUUAAUAUUAUAUAAAUUAUUUUUAUAUGAUUAAAUAUUUAUUUGUUAAAAAGUGGCUAAUAAAAUGGCCUGUUGUCUUUAAUGUGUAUUGUUUUGUUCUGUAGUUGUGAUUAACAUUAAUUCAAUAACAACAUUGCCAAUCCAUGUAUUGGCACAAACAUAUACAAUAUUUUUAUUUGAUAAUAUAUAAUAAAAUUAUUUUAACACUUGCAUUAAAUAUACAUGAUGAGAAAAUAUCAGAAAAAUCAGUGAAAUUUAUGUAAUAUUUAGAACUGAUUUUAUUUAAGCCUAAUAAAAAGAAUUAUGUGAAACUUAAAAUGCAUGUAACAAUUACUUCCUCAGCAGCAUCCUAGGGUAUUAGAUUAAGGAUAUUGUUAAUGUCUAUAAAACUUGUCUAAGCACAAAAAUAACAUACUAUAAAUGCAAGUCCUCAUAUCUUCAAUUAAAUAUUAAUAAUAUUAACAUGGAGAGGUGAUCUGUUCUCAUCAAUAGACAAUUAAUAGUUGUUAAGGAAGGAAUAUUAACAUAUUGUAUUUAGAUAAUCAUAGACUGAUACAAUGAAAAUAAAAUUGAAUAUAUUGUUUUCAAUUAAGCUUUUAUAUCCAAUACAGUUAAGUGUUAUAAAUAAAAGUAUAAAUAACAUACAA